AUGACACUGGAUGAUCCCUUAGGAAUGCAGAUGGUGAUGCAGGUAGCAAACAGAGAAGCUCAGAGAACGCAGGCUGCAUGGAAUUGGUCAGCUGACACUAAGCAAGAUGGCAUCGUCCAUACUGCAGGGCUCGCAGGACCAUCGCACACAGAGGACCCAGCCCCAAUCGCUGUGACUACUGUAGCCAAGCGAAGAGCAUGCUGCCGGACUGCCAGAGCACGCCAGACCCUCACAAGUGGCCUGACAGUACGAAAGAGAAGCAGCACAGCCAGGCCACAUCCCACACUGCCAAGAGAUGCACAUGCUGGCGAUGCAGGUUCUUCUUCAGCAAACCCCCCUCCACCAAGGAGCCCAUCACAGGGCUCGGAUCCUCAACAUAGGAGGGCAACCAAGAGACGCCGUCUUGAGGCUGAAUCACCAUCAGCAUCCUCACCACCCCAACGGCGCAUCUCCAUAGUGUCGGCCCUGCCACCACAAGCCAUUUUGGCAAGCCCAGAAAGCGAGGAUCCUCAAUCCCCUCAGCUGUCUGAACCACCCAUCAUGGCCGAGGAUGCCCAGCAGGAAAGUGACCAGCAGGAUACCUACACACUACACCUGCAAGCCAUAGAUCCUACCCAGACAACCACGCCGCAGGACAUACUCCAACCACCCCAAACAUCCCACAGCCCCCAAUUGAGCCCAACACCACCCCAGCAACAAAUGGCCCCGAGUUUUGGAGCAGUUGGGCCACACAACAGGCUCAACACUAUGCGUGCCUGAACACCCACACCCAAUACCUUGCCAGUCUGCCCCAUCAACUGCCGCGACUUAGUCGGAACUCAGGCAGACUGAUAGUUCAGGUUGGCAGAAUUGCGAAUUCAAUGACGCAGAUGAGGGCAGACAACACCCAAAUGCAAGCCAAUCUGCAACGCAUCAUGGAUGAACAACAGCGGCAACAACAAACCCUAAUUCAAUUUAUUCAAAACAACCAAACGAUAAACGAAAACCUGUCCAGAAUUAUAGCAAACAGCACUGCCGCUAAUACCCAAAUGACUGCAAGCCUAAAUAACCUCAGCCAAAGCCUUAAUGUGUUGGCAUCACACCAAGUAAGCUCUAGCUCGGGAACAACUACACCAAGCCAGACCCCAGUUAACUCCCCAGUUAGACGCUCAAGCCGAACCCGGCCCAACGAACCAGGGCAAGCCUCUGCACCCAGCACACACACACAAAAAAAAUAAUGAC